AGCCAGUUGGCCUACAGGUGUCAGCUAAGCAGCGGCCUUGCGAGCCGCCGCGGGUUUGGUUCGGCUAGCCCCUGUGUCGGAUUGAGUCCGGCUGGCAUGGGCAAGUUCAUCAAGGCUGGCCGCGUCGUCGUGCUUCUCCAGGGCCGGUACACGGGCAAGAAGGCCAUCGUGGUCAAGCCCUUCGACGACGGGUCGCGGGCGCGGCCGUUCGGCCACUGCCUCGUCGCGGGCGUGGACCGCGCACCCCUCAAGGUGACGAAGACGAUGGGCAAGAAGAAAAUUGCGAAGCGGUCUGCCGUCAAGCCCUUCGUGAAGUACGUCAACUACAACCACAUCAUGCCCACCCGAUACCAAGUGCCUGCCGAGGUCGGCGUGCAGUCGUGGGUCACAGACCAGCAGAUGGACAAUUCGGACGGACGCGUGGAGGCAAAGAAGCUGAUCAAAAAGGCGUUCCAGGAGAAGUUCGCGAGCCCGCCCGCCGACAAGACGGGCAAGCCGUCCAAGGACGUCCUGUACCUCCGGAAGAAGCUCCGCUUCUGAGCCCUCCCCGCCCCGGCGGCCAAAGACUGGAAGCGCCCGCGGCGGCCCUUCGGCACAGGGCGGCGGUUCUGCAGCAGGCAGAGAGAGGCUCCCGAUCAUCUCCAGGGGCGCGGGCGUGGAGAAGGGGGGUCACUGAGGCCGCCUCUAUUGCCGAGCGCGUCCCACUACUCUCGGAAUUGAACGAUUGCGGCAUGCGCUCGGCUUCGACGCGCGCGUGUGGAUUUUUGUUUCCGCAUUGCAGACGUAUGAUCAGUG